AUGUCUGGUCGAAAGGGCUAUGACUUAUCCAACCUCUGCAUGGAAACUAGACCUCGUACUCGAGGACCUGUUCAUUUACAUCUUCAAGGACCAACUAUAUCCAACGACAAUGGCAAACCUUCGUCUGUAUCCCAGUCACCAUUCCUUUCUGAUUCUUCUAUUCCUUCCUCAUUCAACAACAAUGCUGCUGUGAAUAACAGCAAUGUUAGCAAUCAAUAUCCCAUCCAUCCUCAUACCAAUUCACACACUCCUUUAGAACAACAUCAUGUUUCUGGAGAGAAUCCCCAACAGCCUCUACGCUUAAGCCCUGGCUAUACUAAGACAUUUGGCCAAUACACACUCUACAAUCAACAGACCGGUCGCGGUUGGCGACGCGUGCCUAGAGGCACAGAUUGUACUUCCGAUCUGACUCAACACAAUCCAACACAUUCUAGUCAUAAGAGCGUCACCAACGGGAGCAGCAAGAUGGAAAAAGCGGUUGGCUCGGAUGUCAUUGCACUUGCCCACUCCCACAACAUCGCCGACACUAUGAAUCUUAGCACUCCUCUUGCAGGUUACAAGACCGAAGGUAUGCUUGACGCCGACAUUAACAAAGCAACAGAUGCUAACGUGAACCUAGCAAGCACCGGCACUAACAGAAGUGCAAGCCAGAACAUGGAGUUUGAUGUUAAUUCCCACAUCAACUUCGACAUAGAUUCCGCCGUCGCUGCUGCCAUGAAUAGUAGUAUUCAUGCUAGUCUGGGACAUAGUAAGGGCAUUACCAACCCCCCUUCCACUCACCACAAUGCCAGGGGACGGCUCCGACUUGACAGGCCAGCUAGAAGAGCCAGCAGGAAGAUACUGCGUUCCUCAUCACGGCGUGGCAUCACAUUGUCGCCGACUAUAGUAGGAGGGUUCCUAGCUCCACCAUCCACAUCACCAAGUCUUUUGCAUUCCCGCUCGUCGCGACUACCUAGUCACCCUGAAUCUAAUCUUCUUAGCCCCGCCAUCAGCUCAGCCUUGAACAAGGGCACGGCGGAUUCACACCCUGAUUCACCACCACCAAGGUCAACGCCACAGAUAACUCUGACUGCACCCUCAGAUGAUGAGGAUCAGACAAGUUUUCCAGUCACCAGGGAGUGAUGGGCUCACCUAGUCGCCGAUUCUCUAUUCUAUGUAAUCGUGCCGACUAAGACCUUGCAGAAAGACACAUACAAGAAGCUUGUCGCAAGAGGCGUCAACUCUGUCAUUCGGAUACCCGGAAUAGGCGACCCGGAGGGGUCAUUCCAUGUCCUGGGAGACAUGAAGACGUACAUGGACCAGAUCUGUCCAAUGCAUAUAGACAUAUCUACAUAACAGGGACGCUGCCCCUGUCUUUGCGUCACUCCGACAGAUGGUGGCCACCAAGCCGAGUUUCACUCAAUCCUUUCCAUAUCGAACACAUCAACUCACUAUGGAAGUCAAUUCAUAUUGGCCUUCAAGGCGACUCAUAGCAGCUCAUCGCCGAUGCGAAUCAUCCCAGGCUAAGCUCAGACAGCUUCUGCUUCAACCAAACGCCUACGGUUCUUCCUACAAUGGCCACCCCGGCACCUUCAUUCAUACUGUCGCGGCCUCCCUCCAAGUCUUAUUGACGACGAUGAAUUCAGCAACACUAGCCCUUGGAUUGACUACCUGGUGGUAGAUCUUCU